AUGUGGUCGCAGUCCCGUUCAUCCGUCUUGACUUGCUUCUUCGCUCUGAGAACGGGAGCAUUCAUGCACAAGUCAAUUGACAGCAUGUAUCCGAGUAUGCCUUGGUCCGACCACCCGCCCGUCCGUCCAUCCACCACACACGACGACGGCCGAUCAGGCAGGAGAAAGAGAACAGACUGGACUUGUCCGUCUGUUAUCAGGUAUCCGCCCGGAGACGAAGCUAACCCCCAUGAAGACGGAUGGAUGUGCUCCUUCCAGGCCCCGGGACUACCGCUGCUGCUGCACUGGCUCAGGCUGCGAGUCUGCGACGACCCGACGCCUCCACAUGUGAAGAUUUGUACCUGGAGCCAGGUUCCCUACCUACUUGCCCGGCCUUUUCUUCUUCCUGCCUCGAGGUACUUCGUGUGCACAAGACAAAACGCUCCGUUUCUUCUCCACGGAGGCUGGACAACGUCCAUCGCUCACGGCCGGAACAAGCCCAGAGGAGCCAGGACAGCACCGAACGGAGGAAUCAGACGUCGCGAGAGCGUACGAAAUAUAUUUCAUUGGCAAGGACCUCGUCUCAGACCUUUGCAAUGCGGUUUUCAUCUCCUGCAGGGCUGCAGAAGCCAGAGACCCAUGUAUCGAACAUUAUGGCCGCUGAAAGGCACAUGGCUGCCAUUGGGUGAUUGGAAAGUACCGACUUGGAGAGCUUCCGUCCAGCCGGCUCGGUUCCUGUCAAUUCAGCAGCUCGCAGGAUGCCAGUAUAGCACCCUAUAA